CCACCCACCCUCGCAACUGCCGUAAGAACCCGGGGCCACGUCGACCCCUCCGCCGCCGACGCAGCGAACGGCCGGUCGGUUUCGUUUGUAGCCGUAUGUAUAUUUAUUAACUUUGUCGACGCAUUGUGACGAUUUUUUUUUUUAAAAAAAGAUUACUUUUGUGUGUUGUCAUUGUUGAAUGCGUGUCGAAAAGAGAAAGAAAGCUGGAUUGGUUGGCGAGGCACGGAGCGAGCGUGGUUGCCCUGCCUGCCUGCCUGCGCCUGCCGUAUAAUGUGAUCGUAGCUACUGCCGCUUGAGUUGAUGAUGGUGAUGAUGCACGUUGAUGUGGCGCCCCGCCGUUUGCCGCGGGCGGCAAUGCCGCUGCCACGGUGACGGUGGCCAUGUCGCUGGGGCGCAUUUUCCGCCAAGCGUCGGAGCUGCUGUCGCCGCAGCGAGCAACAGCGGCGGCGCGCGGGGCGCGCGGCGGGGAGAUCGUCUUCUCCAAGAACAAUGUCUGUGUCCACCCCACGGAGGGCGUGCACGCCGGCCAGGAGCUGCACUACCCCGGCUACCUGUGCGUGGAGUUUGACGAGGGCUGGGGGGGCGGCGGGGGCUCCCUGCUGCUCACCUGGGUCCCCAACGCUCGCAUCGAGCGCGAGGACGAGGAGGCGCUUCGCUACGUCACCCCCGAGAGCUCGCCCGUGAGACGGGGGUCCGCCACGCUCACCAGCAACAAGAGGCGACACACGGUCGGGGAGUGCAGUCCAACGCACGGCGCCGUGCGGCCCGACCGCCUCUCCUCCUCGCUGUCGCUGCCGGGGAGCUCGCUGGAGCGGCUCCCCGCUCACGGGUCCAACGCCCCCCACGGCCAGGACCCCCCCUCCGUGGCGGAGGCAUGCGGAGCGAGUCACCCCGGGCCGCAUGGCGAUUGCCUUUUGACCUCGGUCUCGUCUGCCGGAUGCAACGGGUCCCCGGUUUCCACGGAAACCAGCUCCACGGCAACCUCUGCCCAGAAUUCCUCCGACUCGGUCCAGCCCAGCGCCGCCUCUUCCUUCUCCUGCCCACCCAGCACCGACACCAACCAAUCGGGCGUGGCCAUUCAGCUGAGCACCCCUGGCGAUAGCCAGUCGGAGCCCGGCUUGCUCCCAAGCCCUGGCAAUGGUCAAUCAGAUGUGACCAUUCAACUGAGCACCCCCGGCAAUAGUCUAUCAGAGCCUAUCUUCCUCCCGAGCCCCGACAACGGCCAAUCAGAGCUCAGCUUCCUCCCUAGCCCUACCAACGGCCAAUCGGAGAGAAACCUCUUCCCCGUUACCCGCGGCGACAGCAAGGACAGUAAUGGCAACAAUAACAAGGCAACCCCAUUGGCCACCAUCGCGGAGGACGGCAGCCAAUGGGUGCCUCCGUUACUGGUGUGCGGCGAGGACAGGGGGCGGCCAUCUGAGCGGGGGGACGAUGGGCGGGGCGAAGGGGGCGGUGUGGCCGGCGGGGAGGAGGAGGAGGUGUCCCCCAGGGCCCCCUGGGAAACGGACCCCGGCUGGGGGGCUCGGUGGGGAGUUGAGGGGGGCCCCGGGGAGAUGAGCUGGGACGAGCGGCUAAAGCUGUCAACGCUGGAGCAGGUGGACGGGGUGUUCAGCGUCGACCUCGGUCACAUGAGGUCGCUGCGGCUGUUUUUCAGCAAGGAGGGCGGCUCGAGUGGCCACUUUGUGAUCGCGAGCCGGGAGAGUCAGUACAAGGUUUUCCACUUUCACUGCGGAGGACUCGACCGCCUGGCCGACGUCUUCCAGCGAUGGAAGUGCUGCACCCUCGCCUCGCCCACACACCAGGUGAGCGACAGCCGCUCCUACCUGCACUUCUGCGUGAACGAGCCUGUGGGGGGCGUGGAGGGGGGGGCGCACCCGGAGGAGGGCUGCUACCGCCAGCUGAGCCGCUGCUCGUGGCUCGAGCACCUUACGGCCGACGGCCGCGUCGAGGAGGACUACAAGAUCCGCAAGUCGAUCUUCUUUGCCGGCGUAGCCACAGAGGUGCGCGGCGAGGUGUGGCCCUUCCUGCUCAAGUACUACUCCUUCCGCUCCACGAGCCACGAGCGCGAGCAGCUCCGCCAGCACAAGCGCCGCGAGUACGCCGACGUGCAGCUCGCACGGCUGGGCAUGUCUCAGGAGGAGCAGGAGCGCUUCUGGCGGGAGGUGCAGUACACGGUGGACCGCGACGUAGUCCGUACCGACCGCUCCCACCCCUUCUACCAGGGGGAGGACAACCCCAACGUGGAGAUCAUGAGGCAGAUCCUGCUGAACUACGCGGUGUACCGUCCGGACGUGGGCUACACGCAGGGAAUGUCGGACCUGCUGGCGCCCAUCCUAGCAGAGGUGCGCGACGAGGCCGACUCCUUCUGGUGCUUCGUGGGCCUCAUGCAGGAGACGAUCUUCUUCAGCUCCCCGCGCGACGAGGACAUGGAGACGCAGCUGACGUACCUGCGCGAGCUGGUGCGUCUGAUGCUGCCGCGCUUCUUUGAGCACCUGCAGUCGCUGGGGGAGGACGGCCUGCAGAUGCUCUUCUGCCACCGCUGGGUGCUGCUCUGCUUCAAGCGCGAGUUCCGCGAGUCCGAGGCGCUGCGCAUGUGGGAGGCCUGCUGGGCGCACUACCAGGAGACGGACUACUUCCACCUGUUUGUGUGCCUGGCCAUCAUGGACACGUACGGGGGCGUGGUGGUGCAGCGUGGGCUCUCCGCAGACGCCAUGCUGCUGCACUUCACCAAUCUCGCCGGUCACAUGAGCGGGAAGCUCGUACUCAUUAAGGCGCGGGGCCUGCUGUACCGCUUCCGCCUGCUGCGCCGCAUCCCGUGCAGCCUGCACUCGCUGUGCGUGCGCUGCGGCUCGGGGAUGUGGGACUCGGGCUACGUGCCGGCCGUCGAGUGCACGGGCGCCCACCUCGACGCCGACGGCUGCCCCUACGGGGGGCUGCCCCCCUCGCUGGCCGCCGAGCCCGCUCCGUGACACACCCCUUCCACGUGGCCUCUCGUGACCUCCCGUGACCUCCCGUGACCUCCCCCUGCUCGCUGCCAUCUUGUCUCCCUGACCCCCCUCCCCUUGCUCCCCCCCCCCCACGUGACCACCUCCCUGCUACUCCCUGACCUCCUGUGCCACUCUCGGUGCCACUCCCUGGCCAGUAUAUCGAGGGCUCGUGCCCGAGGGCUGGAUAGAUCGGCACGGUUGGCUACGUGCGGCGUGAAGGAAGUUCAAGACACAUACAUACACAUACAGAGGUCACUUUGGCGUCAAAUCAAGUGCCGUCCUACUCGGAAUCAGAAUGUUUAUUUAUGCUGGAGGAAUUCUAUGAGCUGUAAAGCUCUUUCUCACACGUGUCCGGUAGGGGCGGGUCAGAACGUUACAACAAACAGUACAGAAACACGACAGGAGCAGAAACGGCCAAUCGUAUGUCGUGUAUCUGCCCGCCGAGCCGGGGGUUGGGGCAAGCCGCCACCCCCCACCCAACCAACCCCUCUCCUCCGCACUCCAAGGGUCAUGGUCAACAUGAUCUGGCUUGCAAAUCUCCGUUCUAUAAAGUGGUGGGGGAGGAGGGGGGGGGAGCUUUUAGCUCUGCUUGCCCACCUCUGCGCUUCAAUUAAAUCGGAAUAUAUCAGGGGAAGCAGGAUAUGUCGCAAUACCGGAGGCGGAGGGGAGAAAACCAGGACAGGCGGCAACGCCGCUCAAAGAGGUGCAUCGUGUGGGUAACUCUACCCGCGAUGCACCUUUGCACGCUGGUCCAGGUGCGCUGCUCUAAAAUAUACAUUCUUGGUUCUUUCGGUAAAUUCACGUUGAAGGGAAAACAAUAAAGUAAUAAAAAUAUAUCUAAAACAAUAAAAUUAUCACGACGUUU